AGGCAAAGAAGACAGAGCUUCGGGAUGGUCUGCUGGUUCCCAAAGAGUCUCCCGUCUUCUAGGGGAGAGGGAAGCAGGCUGGAAGAAUCCUCUUCAUCUCUUUUCUGGAGGAUGUCUGUUCAUGGGGAGAACAUAAGUUCUGAAAAAUAAGCAAGUUAAGUUGCUAAGUUCCGAAAAAUUAGCAAGAGGUGACAAGGAUGGCUUCUUGAGGAAUCUGACUUCCUAGUAGUUUCUAAGCUGGUUGCUUCUUUUUUCCCCAUUUCCAAAACCAGAAGUCUAAAUUAAAGUGGAAAUGGAGAAGUGUCUACCUUCUGUUGGGACAGUGAAGAAAUUCCCAAAUUGCUCAUCCUCCUGGAGGGACCGCAUGGAUCUAAGUGGAACGGUGGUAAGGCCCCAGUGCUGGGAAGUCUGGCAACAGGUCCUCCUGCCGACUCCACAGCACAAAGAGACAGAUGCAACCCCUCCCAAGACAAUGCUGGACGAUAUUCAGAUUUGUGUGGUUUCCUCUGAAAAUUCUUCUGAAUCCUUUAAAGAGAAGGAGGACGACACUGAAGGAGUGGUUGGAAUUGAUUGUUUGAUUACUAUUGAAGAAGAAAUUGAAGUCCAAGGGAAGUCCUCACCAGAAUCUAGGAUUGAGCUCAGAGAUGAUAUCAAGAUUUGCACCGUGCCUGAAUUACAAGACAAGGCCCCAUUUAUUGCAAGACGAGGUUCCAAAGGUGGAGGGAGGACUAAGGACUUCACAAAAGCUGUUAAAGGUAGAGGCCUCUCCAAGGUUGAAAAGGCCACUCAGACUGAAGUCACCCAGAUGGAGAUGGCUAAGAUCUGUGAGGGCUAUAUUCAGAAAGCAGAAGGAUCCAAGGACAUCUUACGGGGCAAUUGCCAGGCCAAUGUGGUUUCCCAAAACAAACCAAGAGAUUCUGAAGAAGGGAUGAUCCAUUUGACAGAACCUGAUGGAAUAGGAGAACCUGAAGAGGCAGCUUGUGAUAAUCUCACAUCUGGAGACAAGGAAAAUGAGGAGGAAGAAGAGAGAGGCGUCUUGAAAGAAGAAGGUAUUGCCAUGGAGAGUGCCCGCCAGAGUUUCCGCUGGUACUGUUACCCAGAAGCCGAGGGACCUCGAAAAGCUUACGGGCAACUAUUGGACCUUUGCCACCAUUGGUUGAAACCAGAGAGCCGUAGUAAGGAACAGAUUCUAGAACUGCUGGUCCUGGAACAAUUUUUGGCUAUCUUGCCCAAAGAAAUACAGAGUUGGGUAUGGCAGCAACACCCGGAAAAUUGUGAGCAGGCUGUUGACUUGGUGGAAAACUUUCUGACAGGACUGUCUUUGCUUGAGAGACAUGGGAAAAAGGCUCUGGUGACUUUUGAAGAGGUGUCCAUGUAUUUCUCAGAGGAAGAAUGGAGACUCCUAGAUGAAUCUCAGAGGAAGAUUUUCACAAAAGUGAUGAUGGAGAAUUAUGAGAAUGUCCGAGCAUUGGGAUUUCCCACCAACGAUCCAGAUCUCAUCUUCAAAAUGAGGAGAAAUGAGAGCCAUGAACUGUACACGGAUAAAAUUGAGAACGGUGUAUCUCCAGAAGGUGUAUCUCCAGAAGUCACAGGAGAGUUAGAGUUUUCAAAUGAAAAGGAGAGGCUGGCAACCUGGAGACAAAAGGAUAUGGAGGAUGCCCUGCCAUCUGGGCCAACGUCUCCGAGACUUCUCAAGAGUUGUGGUGCCACUGUCAAGGGUCGUUCUCCCAGAACGGAGAGGGCGAGAUCCUUUUGGCAGCAAACCAUGCCAGGUUUUGUAUGCCCAGACUGUGGCAAGGCAUUCUUAAGCAAAUCAGACAUGGCUCGACACCAGUGGUACCACUCCAGAAAGAAGCCCUGCCAGAGCUUGAGUUGUCCCAAGAGCCUUGCCAAGCCCUCCCAACCGGCCCAGCAGCAACCUCGUCCACCUGGAGAGUGUCAGUGCUCCAAGUGCGGGAAGCGCUUUACGGAUCGCCACGGACUGAUGUGCCACCAAGCGGUCCAUGCUGCCAAGCAACCUUUCCACCACCGUGCGCAUUGCAGGGGCUUCUACUUUAACUACAACCUGCGCCAGCACCAAAACCAGAACCAGCAAGAAUCCGCGGCAAAACCCCUCUUUCACUGUCCUCAAUGUGGGAGGCAGUUCACUCGCCGCUGUAACCUCAUCCAGCAUUCGCGGAUACAUCAGUAUCCGUGGCAUCCACAAGAGAAGAGAUGGACCCUGGAGACCAAAUCCAAUGAAACAAUGGAAGUUCAGGUUGGGCGCUGUGCAUAGCAGCACAAUUGGGGGUUCUCUGUACUGGGAACCCUGAAAAUAAAGAGGUGGUGGGGUUUGGGGGAGGGGACAGUGAUGAUGCCAGAUUUUUUUUUCUCCUUUUCCUAAUGAUUUCCUGUAAGG